UGUAUAGGAACGCACAUAAGCCCACAGUAAAGCCAUUCAAAACCAAAACCAAAACCAAAGCAUGGAAGAAGAACAAGAAGGAAAAGGUCACACACCUUUUUUCUUCUUCUUAUUAUUAGUAGUCGUAAGCUCCUCUCAUUCAUGUAUAACUCAGUAUAUCAUAAUCCGCCAUAGCAUUAGCGCCUGCAACUUUCAAAGCAGAUCAGCACCUUACAUAUUAUCAUGUGGAGAUCAUACCAUUUGCUGAGAAGAUCAUUCUUCUCAACCUCUACUAACAGAGCCCUCCCAUGGUGGGACCAUGUGGGCCCUGCUCCUAAGGACCCUAUUACUAGUGUCACUGAAGCUUUUCUUGCUGACACUUUUCCAACCAAGAUCAAUCUUGGAGUGGGAGCUUAUAGGGAUGAUGAAGGCAAACCUGUUGUACUGCAAUGUGUUAGAGAAGCGGAGACUAAGAUUGCUGGUUGUGACUUCUUGGAGUCUAUUUCAUCUGCAGUGAGUUCGAAAUUGGUAGAGGAGAGUGUUAAACUGGUUUAUGGUAAGGAUUCGGAAGUAGUGAAGGAAGGGAGGUUUGCUGGUGUUCAAGCACUCUCAGGAACUGGCGCAUGUCGCCUCUUUGCUGAGUUCCAGAGGCGUUUCUAUCCUGAAUCUGGGAUAUAUUUGCCUGAUCCUACUUGGUCCAACCACCAUAACAUAUGGAGAGAUGCUCAAGUUCCGUGCAGUACCUUUAGCUACUACCAUCCUGAUUCAAAGGGUUUAAACUUUAAUGCACUUAUUGAUGAUGUCAAGAAUGCCCCAGAUGGCUCCUUUUUCCUGCUUCACCCUUGUGCUCACAACCCUACUGGAGUUGAUCCUACUGUGGAACAGUGGAGAGAAAUAUCACAUCAGUUCAAGGUAAAGAAUCAUUUCCCCUUCUUCGACAUGGCUUAUCAAGGUUUUGCAAGCGGAGACUUUGAUAUAGAUGCUCUUUCCAUCCGUAUUUUCCUAGAAGAUGGACAUUUAAUUGGCUGUGCCCAAUCCUUUGCAAAAAACAUGGGAUUAUAUGGACAUCGAGUUGGUUGUCUCAGUAUUCUCUGCAAUGAUACGAAGCAAGCAGUUGCAAUUAAUAGCCAAUUGCAGAAGAUUGCCAGGGCAAUGUAUAGCAGCCCUCCCGUUCAUGGUAUAUCACUAGUCUCAACUGUUAUGAGUGAUCCAGAUACUAAGGAACUUUGGGUCAAAGAGGUCAAGGGCAUGGCAAAUCGCAUUCGACAAAUGCGGACAAACCUGCAGGAAAGCCUUAAGCAACUGGGCUCUUCUCUCAAUUGGGAACACAUAACAAACCAGGUUGGAAUGUUUUGCUUCUCUGGCUUAACCCCCAAAGAAGUUGAACGGAUAGUAAAGGAGUUCCAUGUGUACAUGACUCUUGAUGGACGUAUGAGCAUGGCCGGUGUGACGACAAGCAAUGUAAAGUAUUUAGCAAAUGCAAUACAUGAGGUCACUAAAAGUAGUCAGAAAGGAUAGAUUUAUCAUAGCAGUCUUCAUCAGCUUAUUUUGUGACUGAUGCUUGACUUCAUGAUAUUAAACCAAGUUGUAUCUGAAUAUAACUCUUCAGACUCUAAAAAGGUGGCAAAAAUUGGAGAGUAGUAAUUGAAAAAGUCUUUUGCAAUAUUAUUAUUCAGCAUUAGCUUUUGCAGAAGCAUGGUUGAUUUAUGAGGGCUUUCAUUUGGGUAACUUGCUAAGCUUGCUCUCUGUUUUGUCCGUUGCUAUUUGUAUAAUCACAAUUAAUAAGAAUUAACUACUAUGACUAGUUAAGAAAACAAAGUGUUAGACUGUCGUUGUAUUGGGCUUGAAAAGAUAUUAUUUGAAAUCUCAAUAAAUUGCUUGUUAAUUCA